UCUCAAAUUAGAAAGAGUUGUGAAUAAUUUUAGAAAUGGUGGCAUUUUUAUUUAAUUUAAAAAUUUUAAUAUCCUUUUUUUCAUCCACGUCAUCUCUUCUUCCUCUUUCACUUUCUCUCUCUUUUACCUUUCCUUUUCCCUUGCCUCUGCAAACCCAGAUCUGGGUUCUCUCGCAAACUUCAUCUUCUUCCUCCCUUCCUUUCCUUGCUCAUCCUUCUUCCUUCUUCUUCUUAUUCUUUCUCUCUCUCUCUCUUCUCCUUUCUUCUUCCUCUUUCAAACCCAAAUCUGGGUUUUUCUCAAACCCAGAUCUGGGUUUCAUCACAUAACAUGGAAACUAAUCUCGAAUAUACUAAACAGCAAAGCCGAGAUCUCCUAAGCCCACUAACAGAAAGGAACAUAGAUUAAAAACAAUAAAGAAUUUCUAGAAAAAAAGCAAUUCGAGCCAAAUCACAUACAAGCCAAAGCCAAAGCCAACUGCAGAUCUAAUCUCAAAAAUAAUCAACACGAAAACCACUUAAUCAACUCAGAAAAUACACAUAGAAAACACAAAAUAAGCAAAAGAACAAAACCAGAUCUAUACCGUCCUUUUCUUCCCCUUCACCUUGAUCACUCGUGCCCUGUUCAAACCCAGAUCUGGGUUUGUUUUGGAGAGGAAGAAAAACCCACCUCCCUUCUCAUCACUAAAAUCCCCAAGAAGCACAGACCCAAACUUUCUCAAACCCGAUUCCCUCUACAUCUGCCCUGUCCAGCCAGACUCCACUCGGAUCCCCUCCUUCGAUUCUCUCCUCCACCGUGACGCUGCCUUCCGAUUCAUCACCAAGGUCAAAGAAUUCCUACGCCAUUCAUUGUUUGUAAUUCUGUUUCCUAAGUAUCUGUGAAUACCCAAAGAACCACUCUUUCAUGGCAACCAAACACACACCAAAAAAGAAAAAGAAAGCAAAAAAACUUAGCCUGUAGAGAAACAACCCAGAUCUGGGUUCUUGCAAUUAAUGUUAAAGGGCUCAAAUCUUUGUAAUCCUUGGCUCAAUCGAUUAUGUCCAUCAUCGAUCCAUGGCUCUCAUGGAGAAUGGUUUUCUUAGAACUGAAAAUUGGGUUCUUUCUUAGAGAGAGAAUCUAGAUCUGAGUUCUCAAGGGAGAACCCACAUAGAUCUGGAAGGGGAAAGAGGAAGAUGAAGAAAGGGGAGAGAGAAACAACAAGAAAAAGGUCGAAGGAGGAAGGAAAAAAGAGGAAGAAGGGAUGGAAGAGGAGGAAGAAGGCUGGGAAAGAGGAAGAGUCGGAGGGAUGAGAGAGAAGAAUGAAGGAAGAAGAUGAAC